UCUACGGAAUUUUCUGAUGCCGAGUUCGUGAAUUUCCGCCUAGGUGACCUGGCAACACUGCCAAGAUGGCAGCUCGCUACCUUGAAAGAUUUCAUGCUCACUACCUUGUUAGCAAAGGCACUAGUCUGCUUCUACUUCUGUAAAAAUAUUGAACUAUUGUCGCGCGUCAGGCUUUGAUAAAAGCUGCAUUCGCGUCCGUCUUCUGCGUGCUGUUGGACAUUCGUCACCAUGUACGUCCUGUGCGUGCGUUUUUCGUUGGAUGGGUACACAACCGUUACGACGUCGGAUGCCGUUCAGGCCUUCCUACCAAAAAAUGUGAAAGACUUCGACCCAUCGAACGUCGUCAAGUGCUACUGGCAGGGCGACGAAAGAACAGUGGGCCGAUAUUACGACGCUCAGAUUCUUCACAUGACAAGGACACACGAAGAGAUGGACGCGUAUCUCAGUGCAGAAAAACGAAAGUGUGCUUCACCGGUUUGUAACAGGGUAGCUGUUGAGAAACAAGUGAAGACGGACAGCUUUAAAAAACGGCGUUCUCGGGCUGCUGUGAAACGCCAAGAGCAGCUCCAACUGCUGCGCAGCAUGGAUGUCCUCGCUAGCGAUGCAAGCAGUAACAGCGACUCCAGUACAGGUGGAGUAGUACCAGAAAAGCAACUCAGAGAAAAGGUAAAAGAACUCAAGGAGGCACGAGCAGAAAUCCGAAAGCUCAGGAGACUGAAUGAAGAUCUUCAGGCAGCACUGUGCUGCAAAGUACUAGAAAAAGACAGCUCAUGGGAGAAAAUAUGUUUUCCCCAGGAAGGCGUUGUGCUCGUCUCUCGUGUACAGCCCUUACCGGCUGCCGUUACACCUGUUCAGGAUGAAGCCAGCUCACAGAAGAAAACAAGAUUGCCAAAGCAAGAGGUUGGGGAUGUUCCUUCUGUACAGCCCCCAUUGGAUAACAUGCCAUUCAUUCAGGGUUCUCCACUUCCUGCGGCUUCUCCCCCGCAUCCUUCAAAUACCCCUGAGUUUGGCAUGGAGGAAGAUGAUCAGAUACAUCUAGGUGAAGGCGUCACAAUUCCUACAAGCAGGUGGCGGCAACUACUAUGCUUCAAAGAUUCACUCUUCUGUAAGGAGCUUGCUGUUGCAAUUUGGGGCAGUGACACUCUCCAAAAGAGAAGCGUUUCCGGAACACUGUCGAAUCGAGCAAAAUCCAUUGGCCUGACAGAGGCUCACCAGCAACUAACGCCUGUCAAGAGAAGAGCAGUCGAUCGUGCUUAUCUCCACUUCCUCACCACGGUGAAACACCUAAGCCAGGACGCAGCUCACCCACUCGUCAAGCAAAACGUAAAGAAGUAUUUACGGGAGAAGCUUAGCGACCUGCGUCGUUGCAAGCUUUGAAAUGCGAGAAUCCUAAGUGCUGGAACUAAGAAAGACAAGGUACACGAAAAAGGAAUUCCAACCCAUACAAGCCAUUGAACUGCCAAACACAACGUUAUUCUGCGGACAGGCAUCAUGUAUUAAGUGACCUCCUAUGUUCUGGUCUCACGUCGACACUCAUAAUUUAUUGUCGAGUAGAAGCAGGUGUGGCUGUUGUCAUGACAGUAAAAGUUGGGCGAUUCCUUAAAAGAA